UCACCGACAGCUCGUUAGGGUUAUUUUAGGGGUUACUAAUAUCACACAAAAAUUGUGAAUUUUCAAAAUUUGUAUUUGACAAAAGUGGUUUGUUUUGAUACGUGGUUAAAAUGUUGGCAGUUUCUUCGAUAUAAAAAUCAUAACAGUCCUAGAAGACAUAAUUUUCCAGAUAUUACAAUAAUUUCUCAAUGUAGACAAAGACCCGCAGGAAACAGAUAAAAAAUAUUUUUACGAAACAUAUCAUUGGCUUAUAACUAGUUCCACGAUGAAUAUAACAGAAAAAUUGAAGAUUUUAAGGCUAAAUAUUAAUUCUGACAUGAAUUUAGUCAUUUUAAAGCAAUCUGAUUCCAUAAAUAACGCAAACGUUUCAAUAUAUGAUGUUUAUAAUCCUGCUUUUGAACAUGGUGGUGAACUAAAAGUUGAUAUUUUUGGAUAUUAUAAUCAAAAACAGGGUUAUAUUAUAAAUAAUCUCGAAAAUAAAUACUGGCGAAGAAAAAAUAUGACGGGAGUUACUUUUAAAUCAGCAGUGGUGGUUCCUUUUUUAUACGUACCUUUAAACAAGUAUUUAGCCAGUGAUGAAAAUAGACAAAUAGAUUCAAUGCAUAGAUUUCAAGCUAAUACAGUAAACCAUUGCAAAGAUAUGUACAAUUUCAGUUUGAAAAUUCAAAGGACUGACUCUUGGGGCUACAUCCAAGCUAAUGGCAGGUUUGAUGGUUUAGUAAGUCUUCUAGAGAGAAGAUUAGUAGAUUUUGGAAGUUCGCCGCUACUAUUUAAACUUGACAGAAUGCCGUAUGUCGAUUACGGCUUCGGAAAUUGGAUUCUGAGAUCCACAUUUAUCUACCGGAAACCAAAAGUGACAGCAACUUCUUACGAAAUAUUUUUAAGACCAUUGGAAACCGAAGUGUGGAUCGUAAUUUUGAUAACUCUCGGCGCCAUUUUGAUUAUAUUGAAAAUCAUUUUUCGCAAUGAAGUAAAAGUAUUUCGCAAACGCAAUUUUAGCGUCGAUGACACUACAUGGAGUUUUUUAGUACUGUUCACCCUAGGAGCUUUCUGUCAACAAGGAGCCUCUUGCUAUCCAAAAUUUUUGAGCAGCCGCAUUCUGGCAUUUUUUAUUUUUUUAUUUUCCAUUCUCAUUUAUCAGUUCUAUUCCGCCAGUAUCGUGUCCUAUUUAUUGUUGGAACCGCCAAGGACGAUUUUCGAUUUAAAGGAUUUAAAAGAAAGCUCCUUGCGUGUCGGCAUAGAGGAUAUUUUGAUUGAUAGAAACUAUUUUGUGCAAACCACAGAUCCUGACGCCAUAGAACUUUUCGAAACCAAGAUAAAGGGAAGCAAUAAUAAUUCCGGCUUCUAUUCACCAGAAGAAGGACUCGAGUUAGUAAGACAGGGGGGUUUUGCCUUCCACGUGGAAACUAGUACCGCUUAUCCCAUAAUAGAAAGAACUUUUUCCAAUCAAGACAUUUGCGAACUGGAAGAGGUCCAGAUGUACAGAACGCAGCCGAUGUUUACCAAUUUGCAGAAAAAUUCGCCUUUUAGAGAAAUGAUGAAUUAUUGUAUGUUCAAACAAUCUGAAGACGGCAACAUGGACAGGCUUCGUAGACACUGGGACGCGCGUCAACCUGAAUGCAUCCAAGCAGCAAAGAAACAAGAAUUUCACGUGUCAUUCAAGGAGUUCUCGUGCGGUCCUGUAGCUGUACUUCUAGGAUCGUUUCUCGCUUUAAUUUUUCUGUCCUUAGAAAUUUUCUUGUACCACAAACAACGACUUUUUACAGCUGUUAAGUCACGCAUCAAAAGUAAUAGGAGCGUACAUAAAUUGUAUCCUUUUACCAAAUGAGAAUUGAUGAUUAUUGUUAAAUCGAGCUUUUUACCUAGAACCAGAAACUUUCGUUUAAAAUUAUAUCAAAACAGUCAAGUUUAAAAUCACCCUGUAUUGUAUUAUCAAUAUUUAAUCGUAAAUACGCUUCUGUUUUCUAUUAACGCACGAAAUUAUAGCACCGCAAAGUUGACAAAAAAAAUGUAAGCC